AUGGGCAACCUGAGUUAUUUUCUAGGCAUUGAAGUUGUUCGUACAUCACAAGGCUUACAUCUCAAACAAAGGAAGUACAUUACCGAUCUUCUUGAGAAAGCGGACAUGCUACAUCCUAAGCCGGUUGCAACUCUGCUUCCUACUCAUCCAAAGCUCACACUCAACUCUGGUUCGCCACUAGCUGAUCCGCAGCCCUAUCGCAGGAUCGUCGGUAGCCUCCAGUACCUUGCUCUAACACGCCCAGGUGUGUCAUACGCUGUCAAUAAACUCUCACAGUAUAUGCACUGUCCUACUUCAGAUCACUGGCAAGCAGUUAAACAAGUCCUUCGCUAUCUCUAUGGUACUCUUGAUCAUGGAAUAAUGUUGUGUAAACAGCAAACAUCAACUCUUCAUGCCUAUUCUGGCGCGGACUGGGCUGGAGACUCCGAUGAUUACGUAUCAACAAAUGCAUAUCUCAUCUUCUUGGGUUCUCAGCAUGUUUCAUGGUCAACAAAGAAGCAAAAAGGCGUGACUCGCUCCUCAACAGAAGCGGAAUAUCGCGCAGUUGCGAACACUGCAUCCGAGCUUAGCUGGGUAGUCUCUCUUCUUCUUGAGCUUGGCAUGCCUGUUACUGCAACUCAAACCGCGUACUGUGACAACCUUGGCGCCAAUCCAGUUUUCCACUCUAGGAUGAAACAUAUAGCCCUUGAUUAUCACUUUGUCCGCGGCCAGAUACAGAAUCACCGUCUACGUGUGCAACACGUCUCUACACAUGAUUAG